AUGGUACUCCCGUGUUUUGACGUCAUUUUCCCCCCCGUUGUCCCCCAGGAUUUUGUGAUCUAUGUGAUGACUCGGCGCCGGCAUGUCUUCGGGCGCCGCCCCCAGCCCGACAAGGGGGGCUACGUGGACACCUUCCUCUGCGCCCCGGACAUCCUGCCCCGCCACUGCUGCGUGUGGGAGGCAGAGCCGGCCCCGGGGCCGGCCCUGGUGCGGCCCUUCCGGGGGGCGGCCGUCACCCUCAAUGGGGGAGCCCUGGUGCGCGAGGCGGAGCUGCACCCCGGGGACCUGCUGGGGCUGGGCCAGCACUUCCUCUUCAUGUACAAAGACCCCCGGACCCCCCAGCCCCGGCCGGCCUGGCUGCCCCAGCCCUGGGUCUCGCCUGGGCUGGCGGGUGCCUUCUCGUGCCAGGCCUGCGGGCGCUCCCUCCAGGAGAGGCAGGAUGCCUUCCAGGCCUACGUGGAGAGCCGGGAGCCCGAGCUGCGCUAUCGGCCCAAGGAGGAGGAGGCACUGCUGAGGGAGAUCGUCCGGCUCCAGGGGGCCACCACCUUCAACCUGGCCCCGGCCUUCCUCCUGGGCCUGUGCCUGGAGCACUCCACCCGCGUGCUGGAGCCCAGCCACUUCCCCCGCCUGGUGGCCAGGAUGGCCCAGCUGAUCAAGGAGGCCGUCUGGGAGAAAGGAUCAAGGAAGUCCGGGGACCGGCAUCCGGAGAACAGUGGCAGGCACCGGCGCAGCUCUGUCCAGACUCCACCCACCGCCAGAGGGAGUAUCUUAGGCCAGUCAAGGGGUCCCGAUAUAUCAGCCCUCACACCCAAGAGGGUCAUGUCCCAGUGCCUGCCAUGGAGCUGCUACAACCUGGUCCAGAAGAAGAAAGUGGCUGACAUGGAGAAAGAAAACUCCGACCUGGAGGGUGAGCAGGCCCCUGGGCUGAAAGGGGAGAUGGGGCUACGACCUGGAGAAAACCUGCGACGGGCCAUGGCUGGUGCUGGCGGACGAGGUCAUCAUGUCCACGUUCCAUGCAGUCCGUGUAUUACCAUGACCAAGACGCUGUACUCAGCCCUGCCCGCCCUGCUGGACAGUAACCCCUUCACUGCUGCGGCGGACCUGUCCCAUGCCCAGGAGCUGAGCACCAUGCCCGAGGGCAUCCGUGGCACCCUGGCCAUCUACCAGGCCACGCUGGAGCUGACCCGGGAGUGUGAGCUACACCCCGACCUGGUAUCCCAGACCUUCGGCUACCUCUUCUUUUUCUCCAACGCCUCCCUCUUCAACACCCUCAUGGAGAGAGCCCACCUGCGUGAUGCGGUUAUUCUUCUGCUCCGGCGCCAGGCACCGGGGGCCUUCUACCGUGGGCAAAGCCGUUGCGAUCCGCACCACCUGGACCUGGUGCUGGAUGGACUGCAGGCGGGGCUAGGAUUGGGCGGACAUCGCGCCGAAUUCUUCCGCAAGCUCUCCACCACCGCCACUGCUCUGCUCCCAAGACAGCCUGGUCAACUCCGGGGUCUCACCGUCUCUCUGCUCCCCAGUCUACCUGUCCCGGCUGCGCAGCGACUACCGGCCCUGACGGCCCCGCCCACCCACAUGUUGCUGAGCAACUACCACCUGGGCUGGGCGCCGUACCGAGGGUGGCCCAACCGAGAGGGAGAGGGAAUGGCGAACAGCGAGAUCUUCGAGAGUUUCUCUGACCACCCGCCCCUGAUCCUGCCCAGCGAGGGGUUCCGGCUCUGCCCUGCGGCUCCGGUGAUGGACGACGCCCUCCACCACCAGCUGUGCCGCCUGCGCCGCUUCCUCUGGGACCUGGAGCAGGCCUCGCUGCCAGCCAACCAGCGGGCGGCCCAUGGGCUGGAGGGCGGCCAGUGAGCGCACCUGGCACCGAGCAGCUGCUGACGCCCCACCCACCUUCCCGGGCUCCCCGGCAGACAUCGUAGGGCCUGGACAGUGACGGGGGACCUCACCCAAAGUGUCUCCCAUCCAGGAGAGCGGGGACCCCGAUGGGCUCCCCUGGUGCUGGGCUUGGAACGAACUGUGUAUUCCAAUAAACCACGCAUCUGUGUCAGAGCCCGUCUCUGCCAGCAGGGGGC